CCGUCAACAACCGGGCUGUGCGCCAGUGCGAAAGAGAGAGUGAUACGGCACGAAAGAGAGAUAGCAAUACGAGCUGGAGAAAAUUAUGAAUGUUCAAAUCUAAAGCCAAAAAACGGCAGAUCGGAAAUGGAGUAAAAACGUGAAUACAAAUAGCCUUAUCUAAAACAACAUAAAUAACACAGUUCUGGAAUUGCUUGCAGUGUCGGCAAAAAACAAAAAUCUGUUGUUUCGCUAUCGCAAAGAUCAUAAAACCGAAAUUCUAGGUGGACUUUUCUCGCCCUGUACCCCGCUCUCUACGUCCAUGGCCGACAGCAACAAUCGCUCUCGUUGGGCUGAGGAGGAGGUUCGAGUUCGGCUCGGUGGACUGGUGGUCUUAUCUUAGGAGGAGUACGCGAAGAAUUCGCGGCUGUAAUACGACACCAACAGCCUGCAGACAGACGCUCCCAGAUCGCCCAGUAUGUCAGUCACACUUUUGUAGUCCGUUCUUGAUUGUUUUGUGUGAACGGAAAUUAAUAAUAGACUUACAAUUCAUUAAUAAGAAUCAGACAAUAGCGCGGGGAAAAUAUUUGCAUAGAGUGCACUAGAACAACAACUGCAAUAGAAAUCGAACAGAAACGGAAAAAGCUGUUUCAAAGUCGAAUCCCAGGGUUUACUGACCUUCCCGCAAAUCGAGAGAGAGCAAGAGAUACGGAGAAAUGGUUCGCCAAUUCUCGCCCUGGAAGGUUCUCACCCGGCGCAAACAUCUGCAGCCCGAUGGAAGCGAGGGGGAGUCGAAGCUGAACCGGGUGCUCGGGCUGUGGGACCUCACGGCCCUCGGAGUCGGGUCGACCUUGGGAGCUGGGGUCUACGUGCUGGCCGGACAGAUAGCCAAGGAUCAGGCGGGUCCCUCGGUGAUGAUAUCAUUUGCCAUCGCCGCACUGGCCUCCCUGCUGGCGGGAGUUUGCUAUGCAGAAUUCGGAGCUCGAGUUCCCAAGGCGGGAUCGGCCUAUGUGUAUAGUUAUGUCUGCAUUGGUGAAUUCGUGGCGUUUGUCAUUGGCUGGAAUCUCAUUUUGGAAUAUGUCAUUGGCACGGCGAGUGUUUGUAGGGGUAUCAGCCUGUACCUGGACUCCUUGCUGAACGACACCUUGAAAAACACAUUCGCCGAGGUGGCUCCCAUGAAUGUCAGUUUUCUGGGAAGCUACUUUGACUUUCUGGCCUUUGGCCUUGUAGUCGUUUUCGGCGUGGCACUGGCUUUUGGUGUGGAGACAUCAACAAUGGCCAACAAUUUUGUGACCUGUCUAAAUAUAUUCAUUUUGGGUUUUGUCAUUAUUGCUGGCGCAAUUAAAGCUGACUUCUCCAACUGGUCGGUGGAUCCGAGUACUGUCAGUACGAAUUCUACUAUCGGAUCAGGGGGUUUUUUCCCCUACGGAUUUGAGGGUACCCUCCGUGGAGCUGCCACUUGCUUUUUUGGAUUCGUGGGAUUCGAUUGCAUCGCCACCACUGGAGAAGAGGUUCGAAACCCUCGAAAGAAUAUCCCAAAAUCGAUCCUGCUCUCCCUGCUGAUAAUCUUCCUGUGCUAUUUCGGAGUGUCCACUGUACUGACCUUGAUGUUGCCAUAUUAUCUCCAAGAUGCCAAUGCUCCACUGCCAUAUGCCUUUGAGUAUGUGGGUUGGCCCGUGGCCAUGUGGAUUGUCACGGUUGGUGGCUUGGUGGGUCUGAUGGCGAGUCUAUUUGGAGCCCUGUUUCCACUGCCCAGAGUGAUGUACUCGAUGGCCCAGGAUGGUCUUCUGUUCAGGUUUCUGGGCAAAGUGAGUCCGAGAUUCCGAGUUCCCGUCACUGGUUCCAUUGUAGCGGCACUUUUCACGGCCGCAAUUGCCGGACUCUUCGACUUGGCCCAAUUGGUCAGCCUUCUUUCCAUCGGCACCUUGUUGGCCUACAGCGUUGUGGCCAUCUCCAUUAUGCUCCUCCGGUAUAUGGACUAUUGCGAUGUGGAGGAGUGUCCAGGACAGAGGGAAGUCAGAGCCUCAGAGACCACUUCUUUGACCUCGAGCACAGAGCGAUUCACCUUCGGUUCAGUUUGCACUCAACUAUUCAAUGUCCAUCGAGUCCAGGAGCCAAAUGCGAUAUCUUCAAGAAUUGUGGGAGUGCUGGCUACUUUGUUUUGCCUUCUGUCCUUGGGAGUUGGGGUGCUGAUAAUGCAGGCACAUCAUUUGAUCGCCUCGAAAGAGAUCUGGGCACUGACCCUCCUCAGUAUAUUGGUCCUCCUGGUGUUCCUGGUCAUCCUGCUAAUUUGUCUCCAGCCCAGAGAAGCUCGUCGCAGACUGUUCCGAGUGCCCUUUGUACCGAUUGUUCCCGCCAUCAGUAUCUUUAUCAACAUAUAUCUGAUGCUCCAGCUGGAUAGUUGGACGUGGAUACGAUUCGGGGUGUGGAUGAUUGUGGGUAUUCCCAUAUUCCUUGCAUGCUGGUAUCUAUACGAUUGCAAGAAUCCACAGAAGAGAAAUCCCGAAAGGUUGGCCUUCUACAAGGCGCUGAAGGGUUUUCAAGAAAGUCGGGAGCAGGAGUACCAUUGCAUAUCCAAGGAGAGUGUCUUGACCCUGGAAACUCAGCUAAAGAAAAGUCCCUCCAGUAGCGUGGAUCAAAUUCAAAAUCUUAGUGAUGUGAGCGAGGACCUAAUUGAAGUUAAACAUGCCAAUGGAAAGGUGUUCUAUGUGGAGGACACAAAGAGUGAGAACUCCACGGUGAGCUGCGAUGCUGAACUUCCAUCGCGGGAGGACGAACAGUCUGUUCUAGCCAUGUUGGACGAUGUCCUGGAUGCCGAGGACACUCAGCAAAAGCAGCAGGAGCUGGACCUCCAACAGCAGCUUAUUUUUGAGCGCCAUUUUAGCCUGGACUCCGAGAUGUAUCCCAGUGUUAUAGAAACGGUUAUAGUGGCCACCGUCCACAGCAGCGACGAUGACGAAGUGCAGGCGGGGAUUACCCUGAAAUUGAGUAAAUACGAGGAAUGCAAGCUGGUGGCCCACCAAGUGCUGGAGGACCUGUUUAACAGCGAGGCCUUCUACGAGCAGCUGGAGAGGGUGAAGUCGAAAGGGGAUUCCCCGGUGAAAGAGGAUGAAUUAGUAGGGGAUUCUCUUGAUGCUGAAUCCGUGAACGAUUCCGAGGACCGCAAGACCGUUUUCGUUCUCAAACGCUUGGCCUCCCAGACUUCCAUCAAAUCCCAGGCCUCCGCCAUCGAGGAUCCGCUGCAUUCGGCCAAGUUUAAAGACCGCUUAAGCCACAUCAUUAUGAAUGCCAAUGCCCACCAGGUGAAGGGGGCCGUAAGGAGGAGCGAUGAGGAGGAGGACAAGGAGGCGAAGGAGGCCCAGGUUGAGGAGCCCAAAGCAAGGCCGCUGCUAAAGCAAUCGAAAAGCGAAACCGAUGUGCGUCGCUUAAUGCUCAAGGCCAUCAGCGAACUGAAAAGCGACCAUAAUGAGACUGGCAGUGCAGAUGAGGUCCUCGCCGGAGUGCUGCCCACCUCCACCACCCACACCACCCCAGGAAGCCCCUUGAACUCCACAGUUCCAGUUACGGUUCCCGAUGCCGUAGCCAUUGCAAAUGCAGGUGGCAACAUACCGCGUCCACCGAAAUUCGAUCCGGUGCUGUACAAGACCAUCAACAGCAUUAGUUUGCGCAAACAGCGACCCAGUUUGAGUCGCCAGCAUAUCGUGGAUGCCAAGAACCCGGCACUCUUGCCACCGGAAUCGCAGCCGGAGUCGCGUCCGGAUCCUGGCGAGCAACCGGAGGAGGCGGAGCCGUUGCCAUUCAAAGCCAAAUUGGAGGCCAUAUUGCAGCGGGGUCCCUCGCACCGAACCCAACAACAUCCGGAAUUGGUGCGUCGCCAGCGUCCGCAGUCCACCUACAUAGAAGUCGAGGAGGUGGAGAGCUGAGGGGCUUUCCACCCCCUCCCAACCCUCCAAAGGCCCCAAACCAACCCAACCCAAUCCCCUGGUGAAACCAAAGAGGGUGCCAUUUUCCCCCAGUUAAAAGUAGUUAAGUCCUGCAUGCGAAUCGGAAUGCAAACGUAGCUUGUUUUGUACAUAUUUAGCUGUAGCUGUAGUUACUAGUUUGUAGCUUGUACGGAAUGCAAGCAAUCCUAGAUGAUAAGUACCAGGUGGAUUGUGAGGGGAAAGGGGUUGACUAGGAAGAGUCCUCACAGAAUAGUUGAUGAAAAUCAAAAUAGAAUGAAGCAUAAGGAGUUCAAAAGAAAUAAAAACUGCUUGCGGAGAAGGGAAAACAAUGGUUGCUUAGUUUUAUAUAAAUAAUACUUUAAGAAAACAACUACUUGAUAAGAGAGUUUCCUAACCUAUAAACAAACAAAAUCAAUAAUAAUAAGGUUUUAAAAAAGGAAGAAACGGAAACCAAGAAAGCGGAAAUAAAUACUUUCAAAGUAUAGAAGCAAAACUUUAAAUACAACAAGCGUUUUUAAGGGAAUAACAUUUUAAAAAGUUAUAAAUUGUAAACAUAUUACAGAAGAAAAUCAAUAAGAUUACACAAAUCCUUAACUUAAUUUUAAAUCAACACAAAUUGUAGUGAUAUACAAUUGAGAGACUAAAUAAAAGAUAAGAUAUGAUUUAGUGUAAAAGGAUUUUUAAAAAGGCAUCAGAAUGGUAUUUUAAAGUUUGUUUAAUGAAUAAUUACAAAUUGUUGAGGAAAUGAAAGGAAAAUCUGCAGAUAAAUAGAAUAAACAUUAAGUAUUAGGUAUUUUAUAGAACUUCUAGCGACAUCAUUUAUAGUCUAGAUCCACUCCUAAUUCCUCGCAAUCCCCUAUUAAUUAACACGCAUGCUAAGCUAACUCAAGACUAGUCGUAAAAGUAUUAAAUAAAACGGUAUUACACACGUCAAAACCGAGUGCAUGCAUAAGAUACCUCCAAAUACGUAAACUAAUCGGUUCUCCACACGUUUAGGACUGUCCAUAUACUUUUUCUACGGACUGCCAAAUAGCUACCGGGAAAUGAAGCGACAAAGGGCUGGCUGGCAGAAGCUCAAAUAUAGCGAUCGUCUUUGAACGGAGAAACAUCGA